GCGACUUUGGGUUGAACUCGACUGGCGCUUCGUAAAUGCGGUUUUAAGGUUCCCACGUCAGAUCGAACGACCCGUUUGGAAAAUGUAACGAUUAACCCCCGUUUUGGGCUCAAGAUUUUGAAUCGUAGUGGCGGAGGGAAAUAAAACUCUCUGCGAAAUCGCAACUGUGGCUUCUUCAUCUUCUAGGGUUUCCAAAUCCCCGAUCUAUCUGUGAUCAAAAAAUGAACAAGGAGAAUGCGGAUGCAGCAGAAACUCCAGGAGGAGGAAUGUCAGAGGAACAGAGAGCUCGAAUUUCCCAAAAGUUCAGAGCAGCCAAGGCCCUCCUCUCCCGCAAAAGACCUCGCCGCUCCACCACCCCCAACACCUCCCUUCACUCUCCUCGAACAAUUGAGGAUACGAAGAGAAUUGAAUCUCCAGCUCAGGUAACGGACGUCAAAAGAUUCCCUCUUUCAGAGAUUUCAACGAACACUCGGUCCCCAGCUUCCGUUAAGGCGAUGAAGUUAGGAGAAGGUGAAUGCAACAACACUUCAAGUUACAGAGGCCUAUGGGAUUGUAAGAUUGAUAGUAGUCUGAGUUCAAGGACAACGUGCGUUGCUUUGGAGAAUGAGGCAGUUCCGUAUUCAUUUGAAACUCCAAAUAGACAACUGGAGUGUACUAGCAGUAUAUGCUCUGAGGGCAUAUCUGUUAAUAGGAUUGGAUCAUUUGAUGAUAGUUUAAGUGAAAGGAGAACGGGUGUGGCGGUGGAAACUCGGUGUGGAAUUAAUUCGUGUAUCGAUCCAGUGAGACAACUGCAGUUUUCUGCUUCGAGCAAGUCUUCACCAUCGUCUAUUGUUUUAGAUGAGGAUUUUGACGAGGCCAUUCUGGAAGAAAUUGAUGCUUUAUUUGAGCAGAAGGCAGUUAGAAAAUCAGAGGGUGAAGGGUGCAGUAGUAAUUUUCAAUUGGAUAUUCAGUCUGCUGAAGGGAGUAGUUUGGAUUAUAAGGUCAAUUUGAGUUCUGUUUUUCCGGACUUGUUAAAAAUUGAAGGAAUUUCAAAUUCAAGCGAGGACCCUGAAUGUGAAGUGGGGGGAGGGAAAAUUUUCCACACUGCUCAAAAUGGAAACAUGCCUGAGGAGUAUGUUAAGUACAUGGAUUCUCUGAAUGAUAGGCAGCGAGAAGCUGCUUGUGGUGACAUUUCUAUCCCUUUAAUGAUUGUUGCUGGACCAGGAAGUGGGAAGACAUCUACAAUGGUUGGACGCAUUCUGAUGUUGCUUAAAGAGGGCAUUGGUCCAUCCAACAUUCUGGCCAUGACUUUCACGACAUCUGCUGCUUCUGAAAUGAGAGAUCGAAUUGGAGCAGUGGCUGGGAAGGCAACAGCAAAAGAACUCCUGAUCAGCACAUUCCACUCAUUUUCUCUGCAACUUUGUCGUUCACAUGCUGAAAAGUUAGGUCGCACACCAGAGUUUUUGAUAUAUGGGCACGGGCAACAAAGAAGAGUAAUCAUUGAGGCUAUCAGGCUACUGGAAAAUGGAAAGAAUAUGCAAAAUCAAGAUUCUCACUCACUUGAUGAAGAGUUAAAAGGCGUAAAUUCUCCGGAAUAUUUUAAAGAUAAGUCAAAGAAAUGGCAGAAGUUUGUUGCUCAAGCUAAAGCUUCUGGAAAGACUGCUGAAGAUUGCUGUAAAGAGGGGGAUGCUGUAGGAGCGGCUGUUCUUCAAAAUUACGAUGACAUAUUAAGAUCCUGUAAUGCUCUGGAUUACCAUGACUUAAUUUGCUGUUCAGUGAAGCUGCUCAGCGAUUUUCCUGGAGUAUUUAAGGAGUGCCAGGAGUCAUGGAAAGCAAUUGUGAUAGACGAAUUUCAAGACACAAGUGCCAUGCAGUAUGGUCUGCUGCAGCUUCUUUCAUCUCAUAAACGUAUUACCAUUGUUGGUGAUGAAGAUCAGUCCAUUUUCAGUUUCAAUGGUGCUGAUGUAUGUGGAUUUGAUUCAUUUCGUAAAGAUUUCCCAAACCACAAAGAAGUGAAAUUAAACAAAAACUACCGUUCCACUCGUUGCAUUGUUGAAGCUGCAUCAUCUCUUAUAAAAAACAAUUUGAAGCGAUGCCAGCUAAAGAAUGUCCUUACUGACAAUUCUUGUGGAUCUAAGAUUACUGUAAAGGAAUGUUGUAAUGAGGAUGCACAGUGUGCAUUCGUUGUUGAUAAGAUCUUACAAAUUUCUUCAGAGGGUUCAUCUGCUAAGUGCACUUUUGGAAAUGUAGCUGUUCUUUACCGGAGGCAGGUGUCCGGGAAAGUGUUCCAAACAGCCUUUCGUGACCGGAAAAUACCGUUCAACGUUCACGGAGUGGCCUUCUAUAGAAAAAAGGUUGUGAGAGCCAUAAUUGCUAUGCUUCAAACAACAUUGCCUGAAUGUGAUGAUGGUCCGUUUCGCUGUGUCUUCAAGGCUUUACUACCUUUUGAGAAAGAGGAGAAGAAAAAGGUAAUUGGUCAUAUUGAUAAAGUUUCUACUGUAAGAAGAUCCAGCUUUAUAUCAGCUGCACGCGACAUAUUUACUGCAAAAGUUUCUGGGACCUUUAAAAGGAAUCAACUUACCCAAGGACGUAAAGUGUUGUGUACGCUAGACAUGAUAUCAAAACUUGUUCGCAGGGAACAAUCAAUUUCAGCUGUCAUAACUUCAGUGGCAAACAUGAUACCUCAGAAAUACCUUCUUGAACAACGAGCAGUUCUAGACAAUGAUGGAGGAAAAUUACUAAAUGAAGACAAUGACGUCAGACCUGUGCUCCAGUACCUGUUGGAUGACGUCUCUGAGUUUAUAUCGACACAAUUUACUGCACCAGAAGGGGCGGGAGAUGUGCUAGGAGAAGAUAAAGGAUGUGUUUAUGCACUUAAAGCUUUUAUUGAUUACCUAUCUGAGCGGGAGAGGGAAAAUUUCCACUCAAGGAGACAUGAAAACAAAGAUUCUGUCAGCCUUACUACCAUCCAUCAGUCAAAAGGCCUGGAGUGGGAUACUGUUUUCAUAGUCAAGGUAAAUGAAUCUGAGAUCCCUUUGUUACAUGAGUUCAAUGGAGUUGCGAAGGAAAAUUGUACUUCAAUUGAGGAAGAGCGGCGCUUGCUAUAUGUGGCGAUGACUCGUGCUCGAAAAAAACUUUUCAUUCUUUACGUUAUUAUGGACUCAAAUUGGCAGGUACUUCAGCCAUCGCGGUUUUUGAAAGAAAUACCUGAUCAUCUUCGAGAGAUCCAGGGCGAAGUGAAUUCAAAUGAUCUACAAAGAAAGGACCAAAAACUUAAAAAGGACACUGCCAAGUUAACUGCUGGUUUAUCAAGAGGAACAGAACUUCCCGAGGCAGAUUUGGUUCCAAAGGAUUCUGUCGAGAUUCAUGCCCAUGAAACUUCGAAAGAGUCAAUUGAAUCGAUCGAGGCAUGCCAUGGGAAUAGUUUUUUGAAAAGAUUCAAUGUGGAGGAGCGAGGUGUUGUUUCUCAUUUAUUCCAUCAGUGGGCCAAGAAGCCAGCAUUUCAAGAUCCAAGGAGGUUGCUUGACAAGGUUGCCUUUGCCAUUGAUGAACGUUUAAGACUGAAGAAAAGUACACACAAGGAUGUUAUGCGUGAGCUGAAGUCCUGCUUGAAGUGUGAUGAGGCAUUCCACUAUGCACAACAUAUUUUGAUGUGGGUGCAAAUACCUGCUGAUAAGCGUGCCCAUUUGAUGAGGGAGAAACAGGAACAUUUUCAGAAAUUGAGGAUUGAGAAUGCGAUGAGUUCAUCCUCUGCCACCCCUAAACAGAUUGCUUACUUACAGAGCUUGGGUUGCACAGUAGUCCCUUCAUCACGCCUCCAUGCUUCUCGUUUGAUUGAGCAAUACAAAUCGCUGUGAUGGCCACUGGAUAGUCGUACAGCUGCCUUGUUCUUUUUCUUCUAUUUACUUGUUUCCUGAAUGUUAUUUAUUGUAAUCAUUUGGCCACCGUUUAACAAUGGGUAUAGGGUUGCGUAAAUGAAGCUUUACCACCAUUUAAGAGCAAUAGUCAAGUUGAAAGUGAAACAAGCCCAGAAGAACCAUUCUUUGGAAGAUGUUUCCCACAGUAUUUUUCGUUAUAAAAAAGCACACCAUUAUUGGGCUUCCUAGAAAAAUUACAAAACAAGCUCUUCCAUGCUGUACACAAGUGUAUCGGGGGGGAAAUAAAGCAGGUACUAUCUUUACAUUUUCAUAACAGCUUGGCAAGUUUUUGUUUGGUUCUGCCAUGUUUAGCCUUAGCUUCAAGGUUUCCCUAAUGAGUUUGGACAAUUUGGAUUACAUAUAUGAUGUUCUCUUUGCACAAAAAGAUAAAUGCGGCAGAAGCUUUACAUCCAAACAGAAAAGAUAAGUGCACACCCACUGAACACGAAUAGGACUCCCUUGCCGGAACCAUCUCUUUGUGGGUUGUUCUGGAAGGUGUGCACGUCAGAUGUAAAUUCCUAAUCAAAUGGGUCAAUCCGCGGGUCAUGCUCACUUGCCAUUGCCAUCCCUGUACAGAGGCAUGUAGGGC